CUCUAAUCACUGAGCAACAGCAGCCAGGGCAAAAUGCCUUUUAAUUUAAAGUAUUAUCUUUUUCUUUGAUUUCCCUGUGGACUUUGGUUAUUAAUGAACUUGAAUUCUGUUUUCAACUUAUGCAUUUAGUGUCACAUUAUCAUCUUUUAGAAUUCUAGUAUUCAACAAAGUAAGUUGAUAUUUGGUGGGGGAGAUAUUAGUUAGGUGGACUAUUGAGAGAUUAUCACAGCACAGAAGGAUAGCAGGAACUGCACAGAGUGCAGCCUUAAGCGGUGUGACGUGUGCAUGAAUGAACCAGGGUAGCAGUAGAUUUGGUGAGGCACACGGCUAUGAAAGGAAAACAGUGCGAGGGAAAAAUCACAUUGAAUUUGAGGAACAAGUACCUAACUAGGAUACUUUUUAACAGGGUAGUUAUAUUUAUAGCACAGUCUUUGUGUAUGUAGAGUGUCAAGGACUGCCUGGCUGUGUGUCCAUGUUUUCAUUCAUUCUCUAAGGGAAAAUGCCACUUUGACAAAGUCAGUUGUGUCUAAGAAGGGGAUAAUCAGGGCAAGAUAUUGACAACAUUUUGUAGUGUGGGUUCAAGUAGUUAAAGGAUUGUCUUUUAAUGUGGGAAUCUGGCAGAGAUUGGGCAAAACUCAGUAACAGAUUAGGUCCUGAAGCAAGUCUUGAUAAGUAGACUAUUGAUAAGUGGCAAGUGACCUUUUUGCUCAGGGAGUCAAUCUGUUCUGAUAGAAGAGCUAUUUGCCCAGAGGAGCAAGCUGUUCAAUCCAUAAAUUGGUUUUCAAGAAUUUCCUGAAGCAAGCAGUAAAAUUACUUAUUGGUUUAUAGACUUAUCUUUCAUAGGGUGUCCAAUCUGCCCUAGUCUGUCAGGCCCCGGGGGGUUCUUGGCAUACAGGACUUUCCAUUUUAAAACAAGGACAACACAUUAUUUAACUAUGUAAAUUAUUUAACUGUGUGAUUUCAAAAACCAGGCUUAGGAGUUCUGCAUGCUGACUUAAUGAAAAGUAAUUUUUCCUUUAAAAUACUGUGAUAUUUUCCACUUUUAUUGCCAUGGGAUCAAAACCACAUUUAUAGGUAAUCUGGAAAAAAAUUACACUCCCUUCUUUGCUGGCCUAAAGGGACUCAAUCCUUUAAGUAAACCAUUUAAAAGAAAGUGUGGUGGGCUGAAUAAUGCUUCCAUUCCCCUCCCCACCUCCAAAGAUGUCCCUUUCUUCGUCCCUGGAACCUGGAACCUUAUAUGGCAAAAGGGACCUCGCAUAUCAUUAAGUUAAGGAUUUCGAGAUGUGGAAAUUAUUCUUUAUUACCUGGGUCGGCCAGAUACAAUCACAAAGGUCCUUAUAAGAGGGAAGCAGAAGAUCAGAGGAAGAAAAGAUGUCACCAUGCAAACGGGAAAAAAGACUAUAUGAUGCAAGGCCAUGAGCCAAGGAAUGCGGGUAGCCUGUAGAAGCUGGGAAAGACAAGGAAACAUUCUCCCCUAAAGCCCUGCUGACACCUUAGUUUUAGGCCCAUAAGACUCAUUUUAGACUUCUGACCUCUAGAGCUGCAAGAGGAUAAAUUUGUGUUGUUUUAAACCACUAAAUAUGUGGUAAUUUUUUACAGCAGCAAUAAGAAACUAAUACAGAAAGUAUUUGGGAAAUGAAUGGCUGUACCAUGCUACCCUUUUGUCAUUUCUAGUUGCUUUUAUGAGCAAAGCUUGUCUUACCUAGCAACAGUUGCUAAGUAAGUUAACAAUUUAAUGCUAGUGUCUAGGAAGGAGCAGCUGCAUAAAUCUUCCCAACCUUACAUGCAGAGGCUUUCAGUAACAUUCUUUAACAUUAGGUGCAUAACCACUACCUAAUCAUGCUGAAUCAUUUAAUCCUUACCAGCCUCUAGCACUGUCCUAAACCUUGAACCUCUCUAAACAUCUAGCUUUUCUCAAAACUACUUUUUAUGCUCUUAAGAGUAUUUUAACUGUACAUAGUAAAAGACAUCUUGAAUUUAAUUAUGAUCAGGAAUUCGAAUUACUCAGACUUUGUUUGCUGUGCUGUUUGUAAUAAAAUAAUUCCACCAGCCCCUUUAGGGGAAAUCUUCAAACAGAUCCAUGAAUACAGGCCAUUUAAGACUCGCUUUUACACCCACAAAGAUAUACUGGAUAUCGGGGCAGAUAUCUUGAAUAAAGAAGAAAUAUUUCAAGAGGUUGUGCUCAGAGAACGUAUUGCAAAAGCAGAAGCUAAAGUGUGGGCUCAGGCUGAGGAACGCCAAAAACAAGCAGUGGAGAAAGCACUUGAAGAAGCAAGUGACAGACAUCAGAUCAAAAUUAAGGUUCUGGAAGAGGAGCAUCAAAAACAUUUACAGGAAAUCACAGCUAACACCAAGCUAGAGAUGCAUCAAAACAUGGAAGACGAACUAAAGAGAGAAAACUCGGCCGUGGAACAACGCAUGAUCCACAGAAUCCAAAGGAUCCUGAUGGAGUGCCACAAGGAGAAGACUGCGGCUGUGGAGAAAGCCAGGGCGGAGGAGAGGCAGUUCGCCCAGGAAGCCAUCCAGGCGCAGAGAAGGAAGGUCAUGGAUGAAUUUAUGUAUGCUGGUGUGAGUGUUGUUAAGGAUCAGAAGAAGAGUAAGAUCGAAACGGUAAACAAAAAAGAAAGCGAAAAGAGCAUCUAUUGCCUGGCUCAGAGGCAGAAGCAGGAAGAAUUUCAGGAAGCGCUGCAAGAAGCAGAGAAGACACAUCAGGCCACACUUGAAACUGUGAUGGAUAAACUGGCUAACACUCAGGGGGAGCUGCUGUCCAUAGCGGAACAACUGGGAAUUAUGACAAAUUGGAAAGAUUUCCUGGAGGAGGAAUUACAAGAAACGAGAAUGGCGUUUCAAAAAUACAUCGAUUACACGUUUCCUAACCUUUCACCAGGGCAUGCAGAUUUUAUUCUGCCAGAAAGAAAGAAAAUACCUUGCAAUUUUGUUAUUCAGACCGAAACAACUCAUAAUUAGAUGUCUUCAACUGAAAUUUCACUACAAAAGACAUUGUUCCAAAGACUAAAUAAAUCCAUUCGAAAACCA